AUGACCUCCGAUUACUAUAAAUACCCAAUCAGAGUCAAUGUUGAACUGAAGCCAGCUAAUUAUCAAGGAUUAUAUCACACUACUUUUCAAAUUCCAUCAAUUGCCGGUUUUCAUGAUUCUGAGAUUGGAGUGUAUUUAACAAGACAUGGAGAUUCAUGUGUUGUCUCUGCAAAAAUUCGACUCGGAGGUUCCAAAGAAGCGUUAGUCAGAACUCGUUGUUGUGUGGAAGUUGUCAACAGAGAUGAGGAAGAAAAUGAAUUUAUUGAAAAAGAAUGUGCACUUGAAUUAGGCAAAGAGUGCAAAUUGAUGGACAGCUUCUUUCUGUUAGACAUUUUCGAUGAGAAAGACGGAUGGAUUAAUAAUGGGGAACUGAAACUCAAGUUUGGUAUAUAUGCCUACGCGAUUUAUGAACAGAAUAUCUGGUUCUUUAAUUUCAAUGAUAGCAUAUUCGAUGCAAAGGAUGCUCAGCAAUCAAUAUUGUUGUUGAAAAAGAAUAGUGAUGAGAAUAUAGAAUGUAAUAAGCAGGUGGGUAUCUUUUGA